UCAACUUUGUCCUAGAACAGAGAACAGAUUCAGGAACACAGCUGAGUGGAGGACGCCUUUCAAACUGACAUACUCAGAUAUUCUCUCUGGAUCUUAACCAUUUUCUUCUGUACGCUUGUAUUUCUGUUUGUGAUUCUAGUGCCUGGAACAUGGCGCUUCUCUCAGACAAGGCUUAUUCUGGGAUUGAACUCCUAGACCUGCUCCUCGAGCCUCAUAGGAUCCCUCAUCUGGAGAGCAGUGGUGACCAUGGCAACCCCGUGUGGUCAAUCACAGAUCAAAGCAUUCUGUGUCAUGGUGAAGGUGUUGUUGAUAACUUCCUGGACUCACUGUUGCAAGCGUCAGAUGGCGUGCCACAGUCCUGCUCUCCUCCCUGGGUCCCCUCACCCUCUGACAGUGGAAUCAGUGAUGACACCCCCUCUGACCACCUGGACAGCCCUCCGGCGCCCACCAGUCCGCUUUUUGACACUGUCUUCCUCCCUCAGCAUCCUCAUCUUCUUCCUCAACAUCUUCAUCAGCGAGACACACCUGUCACAAACACAGAGCCUGAUAUCUCCAUUGAUCUGGAUUGGGAGGCCUGUCUGUUCUCUGAAGGUCUGACAGACUCUCAGUGCACAUCAGCAGUGCAGAGAAAUGAACCAGCCACCGUUUACCAGCUCACCGUAAAAGACCUGCUGCUCUCCAACAUCGCAGAAGCUUCGAAACCCUCCACCCAGCAAUCCCAGCAAGAACUGCUUCUCAAUGAAGAUGAGAAAAAGCUUUUAGCCAAGGAAGGAGUCAGUCUUCCCAGCCAGCUGCCACUUAACAAGUACGAAGAAAAGGUUUUGAAGAAGAUUCGGAGGAAAAUCCGCAACAAGCAGUCGGCGCAGGAGAGCCGCAAGAAAAAGAAGGAAUAUGUAGAUGGACUGGAGGGCAGGAUGGCUGCCUGUAGCACUCAGAAUCAGGAAUUACAGAGGAAAGUCUUCCAGCUGGAGAAAACCAACACGUCUCUGAUGGAGCAGUUACGCCGGCUGCAGUCUCUGGUGAUGAACAGCUCCUGUAAACCGGCUCAGACGGGAACCUGCAUCCUGGUGCUGGUCCUUUCCUUCUCUCUCAUUCUCAUCCCGAGCCUCCAGCCCAUCUCACACAGGAGGGCCGCUGACCCCGGGGACUUCAGCCCCGUGAAAGUUCAGUCCAGGUCACUGCGCUCGGUGAUGGAGGUGUACUCAGUCAACAGGGACGUGGACGUGUCGUCUUCCACCCACGGCAAGCUUCGGCUCAGGCCCGAGUACGCCGACAUGGACCCUCUACAUCACAACCACAGCUACAGAGAUGGCGAGCAUCAUCACAGAGAUCCCAUCACGGGCCACGCUGCCACACUGAGGUGGAUGACACAUCCUGAGAAAGACAGGAAGUGAUGUCAUGGAUUGGCGAACAUUUUAUCAGACAUUUGACCAAGGCGCCGCCACUCAUUCCAUCCACAGACAGGAAGUUACUGUCUGACAGACAUGCAAAGCAGCAAACUGCUGUUUGUUUUGCUUGUGUGUGCCAUUUAGCUGCAGAUUUAUCUGAAGAGAUUACACUGCGAUUACAGAAUGGAACUUUAAAAAUGUAAAAUGUUUCGAAAAUGUACAUAUUUUAUAGAUGCUUCAGUUUACUUGAAAAUAAUGCACCUUAAACUGUAUUGUACAAAUGUCAUGUAAAUACAGUAAUCUGGCA